AUGGCGGCCCUCAAUGUGUUGAUGGUCGGGACCGGCGAGUACACCACCGGCUUUGUGGGCGGUGGAGCGUCUGGUUCGGAUAAGAAAGUUGGCGUUGUGGGCCUGACCCUGUUCGACCUUCGGAGGAGAGGCAAGGUGGGCGAACUGUCUAUGGUGGGCGUCAAUGGGACGAAAUACCCAGCAAUCCGGGAGCACCUUCACAAGAACAUUACGCUGGCUUACAACAACUUGGACACAUCGUUCAAAUCGUACCCGGCAGACGAUGCCAAAGACCCCGACGCGUACAAGGCGGCGAUUGACGCCCUCUCGCCCGGCGAUGCCAUCACCAUCUUUACCCCCGAUACCACGCAUUACCCCAUCGCCCUCUACGCCAUCGAACGGGGCAUCCACGUCAUGAUCACCAAGCCAGCUGUGAAGUUGCUGGAGCACCACCUUGCCCUCCUCGACGCGGCUGAGAAACGCGGCGUCUACGUGUACAUCGAACAUCACAAGCGGUUCGACCCUGCGUAUUGGGAUGCGAAAGCCCGGGCCUUAAAGCUCGGGGACUUCAACUACUUCUACAGUUACAUGUCACAGCCCAAGUUCCAACUCGAGACUUUCAAGGCAUGGGCCGGGAUCGACUCGGACAUUUCGUAUUACCUCAAUAGCCACCACGUCGACAUCUGCGACUCCAUGGUUUCCCAGCUGGGGUACGUCCCGACCAAGGUCUCGGCCUCGGCGUCCAAAGGCGUUGCGGUAAGCAUGGGAUGCCAUGAAUCAACCGAGGAUACCAUCUCGCUGCUGGUGCACUGGGAGAAGAAAGACGACCCGUCCAAGCGGGCCACUGGCGUGUACACGGCCUCGUGGACGGCGCCACACAAGGCCGGGGUGCACUCCAACCAGUACUUCCACUAUCUCGCCAAGGACGGUGAGAUUACCAUCAACCAAGCCAAGCGCGGCUACGAUGUGGCCGACGACGCGGCUGGGCAGCUGGUGUGGUACAACCCCUUUUACAUGCGGUACGCCCCGGAUGAAGAUGGCAACUUCAACGGCCAGAGCGGGUACGGCUACGUCUCAUUUGAGAAGUUUGUAGACGGCUGCCGGGCCGUUAAUGCCCGAGAGCUAAAGCCCGCGGAUCUGGACGCGAAGGGACUUCCGACUCUGAGAAAUACGAUUGCUACUACGGCCAUUCUCGAGGCCGGGCGGCGAAGUAUCGACGAGAACAGGGAGGUGAGAAUCGAGAGCAAGGACGGGGUCUGGAAGCUGGUUUGA